AUGUUCGCCUACGGCGCCUCGCCAGCAGAAACUGUUCAAGUCAUGGCUGGAAUGGAUCCACGUGAUUAUGAUUUGCGUAAUGGUCGCCUUCCUAAGAGUCAAGCAAGUGCCCCGUGA